AUGGGACUCACACCAAUCUUAACGAACCUGGGUCCUAUUCCUGCGUCUGAGAGGUUUACAGGCAAUAACUGCACAUACAGAUGAUACAGCGGGGGAAAUGGGGAAUUGUUUUGUAGGUAAAUCGUAAACGUUAGAGGUUGGUUGAUUUGCCAAGCCCUCGGCCAAGCUUGCAACAAAACAUGACAAGCCUGUCGCGGUUUAGUGGCUGCCCUCUUUCUUGCGUCAACCCUGGGGAGUGCAAUACUGAACCCAGCGUGGUGCUGCCACCUUUGGCAGAGGAGCACACGGGGCACCCCACUGGCAGUUCCUUAAAACUCUGCCCCUCGCAAAAUUUGCGAGACUACCACGAGACGAGGGCCAGUGCAUAUGUUGACCACUCGGUUACCCAUUUUCCAGACACUGGAUACACCAGUCAUCGCUUAGAACCCAGUCCUAGGGGCAUUAUCAUUGGGACAAAUCUGUCAGCAGCAGGCAUGCCACCAGUAACUGAUCAACUGGCUCCGAGACCUAACCAACACGGCAAUAUUGGAAGGUACCGUGACCUCCACAGCUAUAGGGAUGGCAGGAGCCACGCGUUCUUCAACACGUAUCAAGAGCAGGCCCAUGGCUCGUCAGACGCAACCCGAGAUCUCAGCAGCCAAAUGAUGUUGGGUCUUCCAGGGGAUCUUCUCUCACGAACGCACCCGUACGGGCAGUCGGUCAGUGGCCCCAGGGCCGACAGCCAGCAGCUAGUCACCCAGUUCCUGGAGUUCUAUAAGCCUCUGAAUAUGGCCAUGCAGCGAGGAGGGGGUGACGCCUUCCUCAGGUGCUCCAGGCAGAACCCAAAGCACGAGCUGGUGUGCAAGUGGAGUGACGGCCAAGAAGGCACUGGCAAGCCGCCCUGCGCCAGGAGUUUUGGGACCAUGUAUGAACUCGUCACCCAUGUGACGGUUGAGCAUGUCGGAGGACCGGAGCACUCCGACUACGUUUGUCACUGGGAGAACUGUUUAAGAGACAGAAAGCCUUUCAAAGCCAAAUACAAGCUCGUCAACCACGUCAGAGUGCACACUGGAGAAAAGCCCUUCCCCUGCCCUUUUCAUGGAUGUGAAAAAGUUUUUGCCAGAUCCGAGAACCUCAAGAUACACAAGAGAACGCAUACAGGUGAGAAACCGUUUAAAUGCGAGUUUGAGGGCUGCAGUCGGAGAUUUGCAAACAGCAGUGACCGGAAGAAGCAUUCUCAUGUUCACUCCAGCGAUAAACCCUACACGUGCAAGGUCAGAGGCUGUGAAAAAUCUUACACACAUCCCAGCUCCUUGCGUAAACACAUGAAGCUCCACUGCAAGGCCUACAUCGCCAAAAGCGGCGAAGACGACGAGCACCUUGUAGAAUCCAGGUCUCCUGAGGUGGCGGAACAGCAAGACACGCCCGCCUCUACCACGGGGACGCGAACGAUGACGACCCCCUCCCUGUCUCCUGAGACACGAAAUGAGUCGACUAUGAGGUCACGUUUCCAUCACACCUUUGAAAACAGUUUGGACUAUAUGGCGCACAGGCCACAGUCCCUUUUGGACCCUCUGUUGCUACAACGGGGCAGCUACAGACCAGAGUCUGUACAAUACUCGUGCAGCCAACCAAGCCAUACGUUCGCACCUAGCCAUAGAACUUUUGCGUCCAACUCACCUUUUCAAAAAAGUCUGGUAAAUGGCUGGUACACAAGUCAUAACGCCGUGGAUACUUUUUCACCCAAACAUUGUAACAGUGAUAUAUAAUGUCUGUAAUUCGGGCUUGUACUCUGCGUGUUAAAGCAUUGAGGGAUGACAGCUGAACGGUUCCUCUUCAUGUAAUAUUAUGUCCUACAGGUUUAAAUAGGAGCGUGCAAUUUGUUACUGUGAGCUUUAUCUGUUGUACAUUAUGUUCUUGUAUUGGUGAGAC